AUGGAAACCGGGGAAAGACGCUGCUUCUACCCCCUCACGAGCUUGCAGAUUGGGUUAGUACAGACGUGCACAUUUCCCUUCUCGUCCAUUCAUCCUCCAGUUGGUGUUUUCAUCAAAAUAGUCUGUAUAUCUGUUCAUUCUCCAAGUUUCGACGUCUAGGGUGCUCUUUCGGGUCUAAAUUAGGUGGAAACCAUAAUUGCAUGUAUUCGCAGGAAAGAAAGCUUAUAGUCUGUCAAAAAAGCCCUGCGAGUUGCGAGUAAUUGCUGGAUGGAUUAUACAUUUGAUUAGAUUAUGUAUUCAUCUAACCUAGCAGGAAACAGGGGAAGUAGAUCCAGUCCUUUUGAAUAUUGUGUGGGCAUAGUGAUGGCUUCUGUGAGCCCUAUUAGAGGGAGAAUUAUAUCCAGUAACAUAGUGAAUAUAUGGUUGAUCCGAACUGGAAGGGACGAGAAAUCUCACUUUCCUAGGGUAGCAGGCUGUGCUCAUGCUCCAGCCAUCCAUUUUUCAGUUAGCCUGGAGAAUAAAUGACUGGAGAUCUAUAGUACGGAGGGAUAUUUCCUGGCAUUGAACUGAGAUAAAUCAAUAUUGAGUAAGACCCUUGCUUUCAGGUCGUUCUCAUGUCUUGAAGCUACUCAAGAAUGGUUAAAAAUGGUGUCUCAAGCAUACAACUGAUACGGCAGCGCUUUGGGAUAAAGUCGUAACCCAUAUAACCAUGUCCCUCAUUUUCCCUCAUUGCUGGUGUAUUUUCUAGGAUGUCUGUUUUGUUCAUGCUUGAGCAGAUGUCCAAGAGAAUAAAAGAACCUUAGACAUAUUUAAUAGACGUCACCAGCACCCAUGGGACUAAGAAGGAUCAAUAUCACAUGUUCGUAGCCAAUGAGAUGGAGGGAUUUGCUGGCCUCGAUUGAGAUGAGAAUCUAUGGAACAUGGGAAAUAAGGUCUGAAACAGAUGAUGAUGGAAUUCUGGGUGCAGAUUACCCAUUAUGCAGUUAGUUUUGAUUAUCAGUGGGGUGGAAUUUCAUGGCUGAUUGGUAUAGUUUUUGUUAUUAGGGGCUUCUGGGUCAAAUUUUCUCAUCCCCUAUUCGUUAUACAUUUGUUUCUGGCAUGUCAGGGCAAUGCUACCUUUUUCUUGCAACCUCUCGUUUCUUUUGCCCUUCAGUCCCCUGUGUAUAUCUGUGAUAGAUAAUAUGCCUACCUUUUGACUUUACUAGUUACUAGGUUAAUAAUAAAGGUCUGCACAGGACAGCAUGCGUUUGAAACUAGGAUAUGUGCCAGACUGAAGCUAGGUUGCCUAAAAUUAUGGCCUCUUAAAAGCUAGUAAGGUGUCUCCAGUAGUUGCAUAACAGUUCAUUUUACUUAUUCCAAGCUGAAUGCUUGUCUCCAUUUGUAUGAUUAAAUUCAAGGACAUCUUAUGUUGUCUGGGCUAUUUAUUUGAAGUACUCAGAAAUUUAUUAGUAUGGUAUUAGAGUUCAUAACGAAACUUAAUUUUGAAAAUAAGCUGUUUCUUAAUUUAUUAAUUACAUUUUGCAGGGAUCUGCAGUCUUAUCUUUCUUGUCGUACAAUUUUUUUGGCGCCCAGAAGUAAAAAGUUCUUUAUUCUUGUUGAUUAUCGACUAUGUUUGACUGAUUGGGACAUGCGACCUACGCACCUGUGGCAACUCAUGGUUACCAAGGUUAGACAUAGACGCUGUCCUUGGUUGCAGUUUCUGUAAUUUUAAUCAUAUGUUCAGAAACAGAUUUCUGUUCUUUGCAGUCAAGGCUCUCCCCUUUUGCAAACCGUAAGGUUCAAAGACAGAAAAAGAGUUUUCCAAAAAGGCUUGACUCAAAAAAUGGGACUAAAUCCGACAAAGAGAACAACAAAAUGCUGCACAGAUGGUUUUCAUUGAUUGGUGCUGCAUUGAACCAGAAGAGAGCAUUUCUCCCCAUUGAAAAGCUGAAAGAUUCAUUUGUGCGAAAUAGUGAUUUGCACGACACCUUUUAUGGGUUUAUAAUUUUUGAAAUCUCAUGGAGUGAUGUACGGGGUAUCAACUAUGUAAAUGAACUUCUGGUAUUCUCUCUUCUCUGGCAUGUAUCACCAGUUUUUAUUGAUUUUCUGUUUGAAAGUCAGAAGGGUUUUAAAUUCCCUGUGUAUCUAUCAUCUGCAGACAGACACAUCAAUGGCAGUGGAGGCGAAGAUAAUGAAGAGGUGGGAAUUUGAUAGCGUUCAGCAGGCUUCAAGCUCCAUUUCCUCUUGGUUUGCAGGGACGCGCUAUGAGCGAUCACUUUUACUAAACUUUCUCAACGAUGGAUCAAAGACAGGUUCUUAAUUUCUUCUCUCUUCAUUAUGUUGAUCGAGAUUCGGCUGCAUGCAAAAUAACGUAUGUUGCUGUCCAGGAGAACCAGGAGACAUAUUUUUUGAUGCUCAUGAGAACACUUCGGCUAUUGGCCUGAGAAGGGACUGCAUACCCAGUAGUGAUGAUGAUGAUUUGGCUGAGAAUAGAUCUCCACGUGAUGAUGCUAGCAGUUCAAGUUCAGACUCUUCUGAAACUUUACUGUAUACGCCUCCCAUUUCUGGUUCUUUCAAGAGAAGAAAACUUACAGGAUCCACGUUCAUCAUCAACGACGGGGAUGAGGUCUCAGAUAAAGCAGCCAGUGAGACUAUCAGCUCGCCAAGACAAUCCCCAGCAUCCACUUCGCACUUUAGCAGUGACAGUGAAAGUGCUUCCACAGUUCCCGAGGCAACUAAUUACCAAGACGUGCUGAUCUUAUUCAGAUUUAACGAUCACGAUCUCCCAUUCAAGCUGAAGGAAAUUAUCAUGGCCGACCGGCGACUACUCACCUUACUGGAAUAUGGGCUUCCAUCUUGGGUUAUUUUUCUCCAAUCAUAUCCUGUAUUUUGCAACAUUUAUCGCCCAUGGAUGUGCCCUCUCGCAAGAAUCCUAUACAUAUUCAUUUCCGCAGCGACUGUGCUCAUAGGAUUCUAUGACUUGUACAAAAAUAUCCCUGUUCUCAAGGCAACAGCAUCUCGCUUAUGCGGGCCCUUCUUCAACUGGAUAGAGAGCUGGGAGAUGAUCUCCAGGAUUAGAUACCUUGGAACGAUGCUUUUCCUUCACAACUUCGAAAUUGCCGUUGGCUGGUUUGUGGUGACCAGCCGUGCCAUCAGAUCAAUCUUCUCAGUCUUGUCGAAGCCUUUGGCUGGCCCGCUAAUGGAGCUGAUGGACCUCCUCGCCCCAUUCCGGGUGCUCUACCUAGAGAUGACUGGGUUUCUGACUUCUGUCACUUGGAAUGUGAUCGGAUCCACCUGCAGCAUGGUCAUGACCGUAGUGAAUCUCCUACUCUGGCCCUUCUGGCUUGUCCUUUCUCUCACAUGGAGCCUCGGUAUGCCUCUAAUCCUCAGACUCUCUCUCUCUCUCUCUCUCCCCCCUGCUGCAAUUCGACAUUCAUUUUCAUUUUUUGACCCAAGAAAUUCUCCCACUAUCUUGUUAAAGUAUAAUUUUUAAUGUAAGAAUUCAAAGGAAAUUUACAAAAACUUGGAUUUAAACAACAACACUUCCUAUAUCCACUUCUACUUCAACUGAUCACCAUGGGAUUUUUUCCCACAAUCUGAUCUGUCUGUGCAGCAACCUCGGUCAUAUACCCCAUCGUGUGGAUCCUCUGGGGAGUGCUAAUCGCCCCUGCUCGCCUCAUCUUUGCCUGUGUGAAUCUCAUGGUGAUGCUUUACUCCUCUGCCUGUGGUAUGAUGGGAGGGGUUUGGUCAAUGGUGGCCCCUGUAUUCCAGAUUAUGCCCAGGUCUGAAGUCACCGUGAGGUCCUUCGAGAUUCCCCUCUGGCGAUCCCUAUGCUUGAAGGUCUGUGAUUCGUGGGUUGACUUCUCUCUGAUCUUUUUCGCCUCAGAAAGUAUGAUCGCCAUGGUUUCCUUCUUUCCUGCAGGUGUUUCAUGCCAUAAAAGGAAUUCUGUAUGGUUUUAUAGCCUUCUUUGCGACCUGCAACAGGCACCGCUUGAGGUUAUUUAUCUAAUCCAUCCCUUUCGUAUUUCCACGUCUCAAUUCGCAGCCUGUCUCAUAUGCGAAAUAAUAUGAUGUUUUCUUUAUUUCCACGUAGGAUUUUUCAUGUCUGUUUGUUGCCCCAUGCAGCAUCUCCAACCGCUUGCAAGAGAUUGCCCUUGGCCAUUCUACUGCUCGCGGGGGGGCCCUUGACUCUGGCCAUCAUCCUCUGAAGAAAUCUAGAGCCCGGACUCCGGUAAGUCUGGAAAUGGACCUGAAAAGUCAGACCUCAGUCGGCGCUACUCUCUCUCUCUCUCUCUCUCUCAUAUGUUACAUUGACUUUGUGUGAACAGGUGUCGCAGAGGGGGCGGGCCCACAGCAGGUGAGUUCUGCUCUUCCAAACUUAAACGCACCCUCUUCUGUGAAAUAACGACGCAAUACGAGCUUUAAUGGCGGGGACUGCAUUUCCUUCUGCCAGGCACCACACGGAUUCCUCCUCGGAGAAAACUCUCAGACGGCGAACUGGGAAGAACAGGGAAGUCCUGGUGUACGAAUGAGAACUGCCACAAGGUGCAUAAUUCAACAGCCCUUCUUCUUCUUCUUCUUCUUCUUCAUAUUGUUUCGAUCCAGAGAGAAAGCCACAGGGCAGUGAAACUGGUUCAUUCUUCAACUGUAACCGUAGAUCCCACCGAGGGGUGUGACUCCCACGCCCAGGUGGGAAUAGUAAAUCUCGAUUUAUACGACGCAGAAAAGGAUAAGAAUUUGUAUAUCAAUGCAGGUUUGUGCCACACUCAACUUUAGUCUUGUGGGAAUAUGAAAAAUGAGAAAGAGAGAGAGAGACAGAGAGAGCCAUGAGAGAUGGUGGGUGAGUAAUGCCGUACAAGUCGUCGGGCCUGGAGUUGCUAUAAUUCUUUAUCGAAUGAGUGACUUUGCUCACUAAAAUUUUCAUGCUAUUUUAAUCAUUUUUUGCUAAAACUUGUUCCGUAAAACCUCGUUCUUGAGUUGUUUGGGGUUGCUACUGUCUCUCGCUCUCUCUCUCUCUCUCUCUCUCUCUCUCUCUCUCUCUCUCUCUCUCUCUCUCUCUCUCUCUCUCUCUCUCUCUCUCUCUCUCUCUCUCUCUCUCUCUGUGAGAGAGAGGGUAGGAGGACAGUCAUUAACGGAGAGACCCGACUUACCUGGUAAUAUGCCAUCAAAUUAGGUAAGUAAAAAUGUAUAUUUGUAUACAAAAUCUCCCCCCCUCCCCCUCCUCUUCUCUCUCUCUCUCUCUCUCUCUCUCUCUCUCUCUCUCUCUACACUCGAUUUUCGGCGAGAAGAUUGCUCUCUCAGCCAUGUAUCUGGUUCUCUGAUCUCUCUGCGGGAUAGGCUCCCCGGCUGCCGACGUCUUCAUCUGCGGAGAAGAAACAGUGGAUCAGGUCCUCUUCCUCUGGUCCUCGUGUUCUGACUAUGCCUUGAGACGGUGAUUGAAUUGUGGUUUCUCCUCUCCGGGACUUCAGUUUGUUGAUGGCAGAUGAUUGCCACGGAGGAGGAUGAUGGCUCCCCCCGGUGGAGAUACGGCAGAUAGCGUCGACUUGGGUUGGUUGCCUAGCUUUUCCUCGUGCCGUUGCUGUGUCCAUGGCAAAUUCACUUUUUGGAUACCACACUGGGUGAGGGUCCGCAUUGAUUCUUGGUCAUAAGAGCUCCUACUCUUUGAGCUCCGUUAAUCUUCUCCGAAGAUUACACCUAUCUGCUAAUGGACCUUGGGGCGAACAGAGCUCUAUUGCUCCGUUCUAAUUUAUGUCACACACACUUAAUUAAACUUUAUAAAGUUUAUCAAUUAACCUUAUAGUUAAAUCCAAUGAGGUGAUCCAAUGAUUAAAACACUUCAUUUAAAUUCUUCUAUUAUAAUCAUAUGAUUACGAAUUUCAUAAUGUAAUCCAUAUUUGAACUAGUGUAAUCUUGAAAAUUAAACAAGUUAUUUUAAAGUCAAGAAAUCAAACUCCUAAUUUUUAUACUUAACUAAAAUUUGUAAAGUGUGACAAAUAAAACAUUUAAUCUAUGAUUGGUAAAUCACUAAAAGAUCAUUUAAUUUGGGUCAAUUAAACUAUUCAAACUUUUUAUUAACAAAACCAAGAUCCCAACUUAAGCACUUGCUUGCUUGAAUCCACCAAGGGCUUGAUUAGGUUUUCUUAAAUUGAAUUGUUGCAAAUAUGCCCAUGACUGAUGUUACUAGUCCAGAUGUGAUUGUCAAUCAUAAUCAAGUCAUGAUGCACAUUUAUGCAACAAGAUCAUGCAGCAUAAUUAAAUAA